AUGCGGACGGGUGCAGACGCGCGUGGCGCGCUCGCGGAGGCGAUUUCGAGGAUUUCGUGUGACUUCUCACCGGCGAGCGAUGUGUCGUCGUCUCGUCGCGCAUACGGCGAGCGCGAGGCCGAGGAUCGCUCCGUGUGUGCGUCUGGGGUAAUAUUCCCGCUGACAUUUACUUUUCGACGCAUUCGGGGACGUCCAGAUGUAUUUUUCGAGGUCGCCGCGGGAACGUUCGGCGACGCGCGGGCGACGCGUGGGCGCAAACGACGAGCGAGCGACGCUCCUGGCGGGUUAGAUUGCAUAAUAGACACUGUGGGUGAUUGGUUGGUAUCUCCGGAUGCGCGGGCGAUCGUGGCAACGAUGUGUCUGCAGAUUGCGUUUCCGGAGACGACGCGGAGGGUGGCGACGGCGGGCGCAGCGCUCGCGCUCGCGCGGGAGACGCUUCGACGAUCGGAGAGCGAGCCGCGGAGUUUGGGGGUGAUGGAUAAGAACGGUGUGGUAGUGAUGACGCGUGCGGCGCUGGUAACGCGGGCGUUCGCGACGACGACGCGGUUUUUAGUUCCGACGGCGCACGCGUGGACGACUGCUGCCACGGCACUCCUGAGCGUCAAGUUGUUGUUCAAACAACCGCCCCUGCGCGCUGGAUUAGCGAGAGCGAUGCACGGGACGAGGGGGGUGAUGACGAGCGAUGAGCGCAUAGGUCUCUGGCACACGCGGUAUCGAUGGGCGGCGCUGCGAUUGGCGAAGCACAUUCCGAGCGAUCCGGUUCGCACCAUUGACGACGCGCCGCUCGCGGGAUUACUCGUGCUCAUCGAGGGUUUAGCCAUGCGCAUGGGGGGAUUGAAUCUCGUUGAGGAUGGAAACGCGCGCGAGGGGUCGUUUUCGAUGAGUUUGCCGGCGAGUUGGCGUGCGGCGAAACGCGCGCGAAGGCUCACGGCGCUCGGCUCAAAGCGCGCAAUCGAGGCUGAGGGAAAACUUCAUCCGGUGGACGUCCUCGACCUGGUGCGAGCGUCGAUGCGCGACAGCUUUGACGGCAUACGACGUCCAGAUCUAAUGAACAUCGCGGUGAACGACAACGUUCGUGGAGGUUCUACCCGCGAUGAGGGGUCGCGCAGUCGAGAAAUUGUUCAUCUGCGCGCAGGAGCCGACGUCGUCGCGCGUCCGGAACGUGAAGAGCUCGUCGGCGACUCCGAGGGCGGUGAGACGAACAUCUGGCGAGAUACACAACUGUCGUCGGCGUCUUGGGCCACCGACGGACUGUCCGCCGCACUGAUGCUUCGAGCGACCUAUCUCUUCAUCACCUGGCUCCCGGUGCUCACGGUGGCCAUUCCGCUGUUGAUGCUUAGUAAGGCGAGUCCGGGUCCGCUGAGCGCGGUGAUGCGAAAGCGCGCUUGGUCGACGCUUCACACGGCAAUAGCUCUGUGCGGUGCCGCGUUCAUCAAGUGGGCGCAGUGGGCGAGCACUCGUGAGGACGUUUUCCCGAAGGAUUUGUGCGAACAAUUCGAGCAGCUUCACGAUGACGCGCCAAAGCAUUCGUACAGACAAACGUAUCGAAUCCUAUCUCGAGAGCUCGGAUGUGAUCCGAGAUUGAUAUUUGUGCAGUUCUCGAAGACUCCAAUGGCGUCCGGAUCGGUGGCGCAGGUGUACAAGGCGCGCCUGCGCAGGGAAGUGGCCGCCGUGUGCUCGGAGCUCGCAAAACCUCGAAGGCUCACUCUGAACCAGGACGGUACGAUGGACGUCGCUGUGAAAGUUCGACAUCCGAACGUGGCGAAACGCAUCUUCUUAGAUUUCCAAAUAUUACGAGCCGUCGCCGGCUUUGCCGAUUCCCUGACCGCGCUCAAGGGGAUGCACCUGAAGAACACGCUGGGACAAUUCAGUCACACGAUGACGUCGCAGACUGAUUUGCGAAACGAAGCCGAUCACCUACUGAAGUUCACGCACAACAUGAAGCGAGAGGUGCAAGUCGUCGCGCCUCGUCCUGUCCCGGGGCUCGCCACCGAGGCUGUGCUCGUAGAGACAUUCAUGCAGGGCGACGGCUUGGGGAACGCCAUCAAACGAAAAACGUCCCGAAAUUCAGAGCUUUGCUCUCUGGGUGUUCACACCUACAUGCUCAUGCUACUGCGGGAUAACUUCAUACAUCAAGACUUACACCCGGGUAAUAUUCUGUACAGCGUGCAUGAUCCGUCGAACGCGCGGGAAAAGCCUUCUGUCGACGCGCAAGGCGUCACGAAACUAGAGUUGAUUGAUUUCGGAAUAGCCGACGAACUCCCGCAAACGGUGCGGAACAAGUUCAUCGGGUUUCUGUGUUUUCUUCUUCGCGGCGAGGGCGAAAAAGCGGCGGACGUGGCGUUAACGUGGGAUACAAAGCAGACUUGCACGAACGUCGUGGCUCUUCGUCGCGACAUGGCCCAUCUCGUGUCGAUCAAGGGUGACAUUUACAAGCGGCGCGUCGAUUUGGAUGAACUCUUGAAGGAAAUCAUGCAACUCUUCCGGAAGCACUCGGUGAGCAUCGACGGUAUCUACGCCUCUCUCGUGGUGUCGCUGUGCGUUUUGGUAGGUUUCGCGACGAGCUUGGAUCCGGAAAUUAAUCUCUUCGAAGUCGCCGCGCCCUCUGUCAUGGCUUUCGCGUUGACUGGAAACGUCGUGGGCAGACUCUUCGAGGCUUAG